AAAGCGGCUAAGUGGCGGAAAACAGAGGUACUCUUUCAUCAGAAUAAGUCAGACUUCGGCGACAACAAACCAGGACGACCAUGGCUAGUGAAACUAUGGAAAUGAACGGGGGAGCCGACGGCGACAGUGGAGGAGAGGUUCCUCGUGCCGGGCGUUGGCCUCGAGGUCGGCGGUCUACUCCGCUGAACAUGAACCACUAUGCCAAUAAGAAGAGUGCCGCUGAGAGCAUGCUGGACGUUGCUCUGCUGAUGGCCAACGCCUCCCAGCUGAAGGCGGUGCUGGAGCAGGGCUCAGACUUCACCUUCUACGUCCCCCUCAUCACACUCAUCAGCAUCUCACUCAUACUGCAGGUUGUGGUCGGGGUGAUGCUCAUCUUCAUAGUGAAGUGGAACCUGAAUGAUGAGAGUAAGCACUACCAGCUGAACGUGCUGGAGAACAUCACCACGGCUCUGGUCUUCAUCAUCGUGGUUGUCAACGUCUUCAUCACAGCUUUUGGAGUGCAGCGGCCCAAAGUCAGCGCGUAACCAGGACAACAGCAAGACCCCUGUGUAGAAAUAAGCACAGGACACAGAAAAAGCUGCAGGCAUGGACAAAAUGAAGGACACUUAGCAGACAUCAUUUUGUAAACCAAAGACUCUGAAAUCGACUGUUGUUCUCCGAGAUGCCUGCGACCCACAAUGCCUCUUUCGCAUUUCAUCGUCAUCAUCAUCACACACUAUUAUCACCCCCACCCCCAAUCUAGCAUGACUGAGAUUAUGUACUUAUGAGUUAGAUAUAAGUAUAUGGUCAAGAAACAUAUUUAUUUUAUGUCGGAAAUAUGAAGUUUGUUUUGUAAUACUGCCUUCUGUUAUUGUUUUGUAUGUGUUUUAUAUUUUGACUUCCUGUAUAGCUUUCUGCCUAUGGUGCCGUUACGAGAAUACACACAUGGAUACAGUACAUAUCACACCAACAGCCUUCAGCCAACCAGCAUUCAGAGGCUACUAUCUAGUGCUGCAUACGUCUUCCAGCCAUUCAAUUAGUUAAUUAUUAAAUUAGCUGAUUCUAAUUGGCCCAAGUUCAUAAUUGUAGUUGCCUGUGCUGAGUCCAGAGAUGUGGUCAGGUGAUAUAGAUUACAUGAUACUGGAUAUUAGCGUCUGGUCACAGGUUGGACAUGACUGGAAACCAGUCAGGCUUUAUGAAAAGUGCAUGUUUGCACUUUACGUGCAUCAAGGCAAUACAACAGGCUGUCCCAUGACAAGAAACAAAUCAUGUGUGUAUCCAUUGGAGAGAUGUUCUGUUUGUGACAUGUACUGUGUACCUUUCCUGAUGACAAUGCAAUUGAAUGCAUUACUUUUUGCUCUAGUAUAUUACUACACACACAGCUGUUAGCUUAGUUAGUCAGGUUUCUUUACUGCACUUGCUCUAAUAUUGUUUCAAAGCGCACAGUGAAGCUUUAUAUACCCCAUAUGCCUACCAACCAAGCAUCACUCAAAGUUACCAAACAGGAGACAUGCACAAUGCUCAUGUUUCAUUGUGUUUUCACUUGUAGUAUGCUGCUGCUCUAUCAUUUAAAAAACAGACAUUGAACAGUGCAGAGGAUAUUUGCUGGAUGUGUGAAUGGCACACGGCAAUACGAUCAGGCAGGUACGGUAAACCCAAAAAAGUAAAGAAUACACGCACAUAGGUGCUGGACCAAACAGACAACCCAAAAUGCUCCCAAAUAUUUAAUGGUAAGACGUUUCGGAUGCUCAAGUUGCACUUUUGAGAGCGAAGAACAGUGUUUUUGAGAUUUAUUGUUUUCUUUACAAAAGCUCCACCAUGGAGGCUUGAAGGGUGCAUCCUGUUGGCAGGGUCACUUGGCAGCUUUGGCUGGGCCCGAUACAAAGAUGAGUGGAGGUGCAAAACGCACACCAGAAACAGAGGUGCUGGCAAACAGUAAAAACACUUGUAGGAGGAGAGAAGUGCCGCACACUCUCGAGUUAAGUUUUUAAUGUGACAACGUUUCGGCCUGUCGGCCUUCCUCAGGUCACAUGUGCCCGGUACAAAGUCAUCUGAAAGGUCCCCCUAUUCAAAACAUACAAUGUAAUGUGAACCCACUUCUUUUGCCCGGGACAACUGAACUGAUCCCUUUGCUUCCCUGUCAGCUUCUCUGCCUGUUCGUACUAUGGACAAAAAAAUGUGGCUUUCUCAUUUGUAGUAAAUAAGAGCGAAGACUUGCCGUAAAAGUCAAGGUGGUCCAAAGAGGACAACAUGACCUCUUCAGAUGCUGUUUCGACAGUACAUACUGCAUUGCCUUCUUACGUACUGUUUUACCCUCUGAUGGCCUCUCCACAUAGUGCUACAUGUAUGUCUGAUGAUCUCUUCAGGAAGCAAGGAUAUUGUUGCGCUUAAGAUAUGUCCACGUGUGUGGACCUGUUUAGAACCGUUCAAAGGAGAGCACAGGUUCACACACUGAAGAAAGACACUAAGGUCAAGUGCAAGGAGUGAAAAAAAAAUCCUUGUGUUUGACCUUAGUGUCAGUGUGCAAACCUGCUCUCACCCUUGAACUGAUCAUCUGUUCACACAAACUGCUACGCAUCCAAUGAGAGAGGGCUGUCUCUGUUCAUCUGUUCAGUGAUAUGCCUUUGAUGAAUUCUAUGCAAAUCAUACUGAUCUCAUUUCAUUUACUCCUCAGGAUUAGCGUUAGCAGUUUUACAUCUUUUUAGUGUUUUGUGUACUCCUAUGUCUCAUUGUAGUAUUGUUUGUACAGUAUGCGUGUUUUUUUAUAUGGACCAAAUUAUUUAGUAUCAGUGUUACGUUUACAAGUUGACUAUUCUUUUUGUAUGAUUAUAUCUCCUUAUUAAACAU